AUGAGCGAGUACAGCCGCCUGUUUAGUGGGGCCGAUCCUACACGUGUAGUGCUCAACCCUGGCACAGAUGACGAGCUGAUUUGCUAUGGAUACAGAGCAAACAGAUGGAAGCUGCUGCUGUUUAUAUUACUGACAUGCAGCAGCCUUGGAUUUUUGCUGCUGUUGAUGCUAUGGCGACCAGAACUAGAAUGCUACAUCAAAAGAAAGAAGUGCCAUCUGAUAGACGCAGACACCAUCCUCAUUCAGGAUCAUGUAAAGCGAUGGUUUGUCAGCGAGGUUCAAACAAAGGGAUUUGAUGAAUACAUUGGUGUACCAGAGAACUACCAUCAGUCUGGAGACUUGUCUGAAGAAGAUGAAAUGGACUGUUGUGACACCACCAGACUAAAAAGUCCAGAUGUCAGCUUGAGGUAUUUUGAUCAUCAACAUUUAAGAUACAUCUGGGAACAGGGAGUGCGAUCCUUCAUUCAGCUCCAGGACUUGUCUCAUAAUACAAAGUGUUCAACACUCCAGGAGUCAUUCCAGGGCCUGUCACAGCGAGAACAAGCACAAAAACGUGUGGUUUUUGGAGAAAACCUGAUAGAUGUGGAAGUCAAAUCAUACUGGAAACUUUUUAUUGAGGAGGUGAUGAAUCCAUUCUACAUAUUCCAAAUCUUUAGUAUCAUUCUGUGGUUGAUGGACAAUUACUACUACUACGCUGCCUGUAUAUUUCUCAUCUCCUUCAUCUCUAUUACCAUAUCUUUACGCCAGAUCAAGAAGCAAAGUGUAGCACUUCAUGAUAUGGUGUCUGUCUCGGAGCAGAAGAUAGAGAUUUGUUUGGGACAAGGAAAAGGGUAUGAAAAGGUGCUAACAUCUUCUCUGGUUCCUGGAGAUUUGAUUGUUCUUCCACAAAAUGGAUGUACAAUGACAUGUGAUGCAGUGUUGGUCACAGGAACCUGUAUAGUUAAUGAGAGCAUGCUCACAGGUGAGAGUGUACCUGUAACAAAGACACCACUGACACACCAGGAGGACGAAGAGGUUUACUCUCCAGAGAUCCACAAACGUCACACUUUGUUCUCUGGCACCCAUGUCAUGCAAACACGAUACUACGGCUCAGCCAGAGUUACAGCAGUGGUUAUGCGAACAGGUUUCAGAACUGCAAAAGGAGAGCUUGUACGAUCCAUUUUAUUUCCUAAACCGAUCGACUUUAAGUUCUACAGAGAUUCCAUGAAGUUUGUCAUGUUUUUAGGAUUCAUUGCCGCUAUAGGAAUGAUUUACACAGUCGUGAUAUAUGUGAAGGAUGGGAUCCAUCCAUUUAAUAUUGUUUUACGAGUACUAGAUGUGAUUACCAUCAUCGUACCGGCAGCUCUGCCGGCUGCCAUGACAAUAGGCACAGCAUAUGCUCAGAGUCGUUUAAAGAGUGACAGCAUCUAUUGUAUCAGCCCGCCCAGGAUUAAUUUCGGUGGACGUCUUGAUGCUUUCUGCUUUGAUAAGACAGGGACACUAACAGAGGACGGUCUGGAUAUGAUGGGAACAAUUCCAAUCCACAACAACAGAUUUCUGCCCAUCCAGUCUGACCCAUCUAAAUUGGACCAUGGACCAAUUCUAAAUGCCAUGGCAACCUGCCACUCACUGACCAAGAUGGACGGGGAAUUGUCUGGAGAUCCCCUUGACUUGAUCAUGUUUGAAUCCACAAAAUGGGUACUUGAGGAACCAGGACGAGACACCAGUAAAUUUGAUACAAUGAUGCCCACUGUUGUCAAACCUUGUACUAGGGACACAUUCCUACCUAAUCAGGAACAGCCUCCUUUAGAAAUCGGUAUCAUACGCCAGUUUACAUUUUCUUCUAACAUGCAAAGGAUGAGUGUAAUAACUCGUGAACUCGGCAAAGAACACAUGGAGCUCUACUGUAAAGGUGCUCCAGAAAAGAUUAUCUCCCUUUGUGUGUCAUCAACUGUACCACUAGAUUUUAAAGAAGUAUUGCAGAGCUACACUUUACAGGGCCAUAGAGUUAUUGCUUUGGCCUGGCGACCCCUUGACCCUAAACUUACAUGGCACCAGUCACAAAGGAUAUCUAGAGACAAGGUGGAGAAGGAUAUGACAUUCCUAGGAUUGAUUGUAAUGCAGAACAAGUUAAAACCUCAGACCCGGCCGGUGAUCCGCAGACUUAUUGAAGCUAAUAUACGAUGUGUUAUGAUUACAGGGGAUAUGAUAGAGACUGCAGUGAGUGUGGCCAGAAACUGUGGCAUGGUGCCACCACAUGACAAAGUCAUCAUUGUUGAUGCUGUGCCACCAGAUAAGGAUGCACCUGCUCGGGUGGAAUACAAACACUCAGAGAUGCCAUCGAACAGUGUUAAUGAUGUGCCUCUGGAGUAUACCCAGUUAGAUAUGGAAACCUCCAGUUUAAAAUUCCACUUUGCUAUAAAUGGAAAGUCUCUCUCUGUGAUAACCAACCACUUCCCUGAUCUGCUAUCUCGGAUCUGUGUAGUGGGCACUGUUUUUGCCAGGAUGAAGCCAGACCAAAAAUGUCAACUUAUACACAAGUUACAAUCACUUGGGUACCAUGUGGGUAUGUGUGGUGACGGGGCUAAUGAUUGUGAGGCCCUGAAGGCAGCUCAUGUUGGAAUAUCUCUGUCUGAGGCAGAAGCCUCUAUAGCAGCUCCAUUCACCUCCAGUAUCCCACACAUAGAGUGUGUCUACACUGUCAUCAGAGAAGGCAGAGCUGCUCUGACUACGUCCUUUGCUUGUUUCAAGUAUAUGGCUCUUUACAGCUUUAUACAGUUUGUGUCUGUGAUGAUAUUAUAUUCCUUUGAAGCCAACAUGUCUGAUACUCAGUUUUUAUAUGUAGAUCUCGUCAUCACUACAAGUAUUGCCAUAUUUAUGGGUUACACCAAAGCAACACUGGUGUUGGUCCCCAAGCGUCCCCCGGGUAGUUUGGUGAAGUUGUCUAAUCUACUGUCUAUCAUAGUGCAUGUACUGCUGGUGGCACUCAUACAGGUGGGCGCCUUAUUCUACCUGAAGUCACAAUCCUGGUAUACUAAAGCACUGCCUAAUGAUCAUGCUGAAAAUACAAAGUGCUGGGAGACCACAACUGUAUUCCUUGUGUCAUCUUACCUAUAUAUGGCUGUGGCGUUUUGUUUCUCACGUGGACCACCCUAUAGGAAACCAAUUUAUACAAACAUUCCUUAUCUAAUCACACUAGUGUCUCUGGUGACGUUUUCCACUGUGAUGGUACUGCUGACACCUCAUCCGAUUCUCAAUUUCUUUGGUAUCAUGCCUUUAUGGGAGAAAAGCCUUGAGUUCCGAAUGUUGUUGCUGGUGUUUCCAGCCACGCACCUUAUCCUGUGCUGGAUAGCUGAGUAUAUACUUACAGCUACCAGUUGUGUGAAAAGUAUGAAAGCUAUGUGCAUGAAAAAGAAAAGGGCACCUGAUACCUACAAGUAUAUACGCAGUGAAAUAAUUAUGACAGAUUGGCCCAAUAUAACUGAGACAUUGCCAGGAAAUGUGAUUAUGGGACAGACUAAGGAGCAGGAUUGGGAUGAGGAUGAGAUAGCUGAAAGUAUGAAUGUGAAUGUUGGCAUCAUCAACUAA